ACAGCAUCAAUCAAACAUUGUCAAUCAAACCAAAAUGAAGUUCACAAUUAUUUUUCUGCUGCUCUCGAUGUGCGCCAUGGCACUGGCUGGCUACGAGAGGCCGCCAUAUCUGCCCAGGCCCACCUUUAGGCCUGUUCGAAUUGUACGAGAGGCUGGCUAUGAGCGUCCUCCAUACCUGCCGAGACCCACCUUCAGGCCGGUUCACCGAUUUGUACGAGAGGCUGGCUAUGAGCGCCCACCAUAUCUACCUAGGCCCACGUUCAGACCUAUUCACCGGGUGGUACGAGAGGCACUACCAGCAGCUGAGCAGCUGUGGGCGGAUGCCCCGCAGUUCUAGACUUGGGAUGCAGCAGCCAGAGACAUUUCCGAUAUGUUGAACAUUGUAUGCCAUAACUGUAAUAAAAAACCAUUGUUUAUCAAAUUAGCCAUAAUCGAAAAUAAA